UCUGGUUCGCCUACCCCGAUCUCACACAUUCUUGUGCUUAUGCAGUCAGGGACAAAACAGCCGGGGCCGGGCAUGUAAUUCCAGCUCUUUUCCUACCUUCCCAAAAUCGGGCGGGGUUGGGGCUCCAUUCCCUGGUCAAAUAGAAAGAAAGAACGAGGGAAACUAAUUAGGCUAUCUCAAAGGUGGCGUUGCUAGUACUAACCUUCCUCCCUCCGUCGGCCCCACCCUGGCUUGAAGCGAAAUCCUACCGCGGACGGGAGGAGCCGCCAGCUGGAGCCUGAGCAAACCAAGAAAGGCAGAGAAAACAAAGUCGUCGUCUCCUCCUCCUCCUCCUCUUCAUUAGGGCCGCCCUUGGGAGCUGCAGCCGGUGAGCCGGGCGGGGGAACCUCACACUCACCUGGUCGGAGCCGUCAGGAGUUCGGCGCGCAGCCCAGUGGCCGCAAUUCCCGCCAAACCCCCAGCCUCCCAAUAUGGUCCCGCGGGCAAGAACACGGCGCGGAGGGGGCCCGGUUGGAGCCGCUUGCUUCCAGCUCCUCCUCAGCCUCCUGGUAUUAAGUUUAUCUUGUGAAGCUUGUCAAAAGGUUACCCUAAAUGUGCCUCCAAAACUAAAUCCAGACACACUAAUUGGCCAAGUAAAUCUGAAAGGGUGUCUUAGAGCUCCUCACCUGAUCAGUACCAGUGACCCUGAUUUCAUAGUUCUGGAAGAUGGUUCUAUAUUUACAGCAAAUGCAGUUUCUUUGUCUUCUGGAAAGAAAACAUUCACCAUAUUGCUCAAGAAUUUGCAAAAUAGUCAACAAAGGCAAAUCCAUGUUAAUUUACUCUCACGGUCUACAAAAAUACAUAAAACAGGAGAUAUAGUUCUUAGACGCAGUAAACGAAGAUGGGCUCCUGUGCCAACCACUAUAAUGGAAAAUUCACUGGGUCCUUUCCCAAUGCAAAUUCAGCAGCUAUCUUCUGAUACAGCUCAAAAAUACAACAUUACCUAUUCCAUUGGUGGGCCUGGUGUGGAUCAACCACCACUGAAUUAUUUUUACAUUGAAAAAGAAACUGGAAAUCUCUUUGUUACUUGCCCAAUAGAUCGGGAGGAGUAUGCAGAAUUUCAGAUAAUUUGCUAUGCAAAGACAUUAGAUGGCUACACACCAGAGAUUCCACUUGUACAUUUAAUCCGAAUUGAGGAUGAUAAUGAUAAUCCUCCAAUUUUUAAUCCUGAUACAGUUACUUUCAGUAUUUUAGAGAAUAGCAAAUCUGGAACCUUCAUUGGGCAAAUGACUGCAACAGACAGAGAUGAACCUGGCACCCUGCACACUAAACUGAAAUACAGAAUUGUGGGACAAACCCCUCCUUCAAUUCGAAGCUCUUUAUUUACUGUACAAGCAGAUACUGGUGAUAUUUCUUUGCAUAGCCCAUCCUUGGAUAGAGAGAAAAUAGAUAGAUACACGGUAUUACUGGAAGCAAGAGAUAUGGGAGGUCAGAGUUUUGGUUUAUGCAACACUGGAACAGUUAUAAUUGAAGUUGGUGAUGCAAAUGAUCAUGCACCGAUGUGUGAACAUGGUGUGUAUGAAGUAUUUGUACUUGAAAACACAGUUAAUGCAGAAGUAACGAGAAUUGGUGUGAUAGACAAAGACGUACAUGGAACUCCAGCCUGGCAUGCUACUUUCAAUAUUAUAAAGGGAAAUGAAGAUGGUUCUUUUAAAAUUGAAACAAACCGGGAUUCAAACACUGGCACCUUAUGCAUUCAAAAGGGUCUGGACUAUGAAAAGACCAAGGAGAGAAGAUUAGAAAUUGUUGUGAAUAAUGAAGUACCUUACGUUUUAGCACCGAAUUCAGGACCAAUUUCUACAAGUACUUGUGUUGUUGUUGUUAAAGUGCGAGAUGUGGAUGAAGGACCUGAAUUCCAUCCUAAAUUAUAUAUUUUGGAUAUUAAAGAAUGUUUGAAAGCUGGAACAGUGGUUGGACAUUACUCCGCAAGUGAUCCAGAGACCGGAAAUAGUGAAGACAUACGUUACAAAAUAAUAAAGGACCCAUGUAACUGGAUCACCAUGAAUAAUGAUGGUCAGAUCAGCACCACUAAAAUGUUAGACAGGGAUGCACCAGAUUUACAGCUAUAUCAAUGUAAUGUAACAGUUGCAGCAGUAGACCGAAGUGGCAAAACAGGCACUGGAACAAUUAUAGUUAAUCUACUCGAUGAGAACGAUAAUUACCCAGUCAUUGUUCCAAAAGAGUAUAUAAUAUGCAGAGACAGAAAACCAAUUUGUCUUACUGCUGUGGAUGCUGACAUAGAUCCUCACACAGUUCCAUUUACUUUUUCCAUUUCUGAAAGAGACACUCAAAACUGGAAAUUAACUGAAAAUGAUGACAAAUCAGUGUAUCUGGAACCAUCCGAUGCUUUAAGCUAUGGCCAGUACAUAAUUCCUAUCAAAGUUGCUGAUAAUGAAGGCAACUUUGGGAUUUCUGAAAUCAAAGUUUCACUGUGUGAUUGUACAGUUCCUAAUGAGUGUGUUUACCCACCAAGAGACUCUGUACCACGUCUGGGUUCAGAUGUUACUCUGGGUAUUUGGGCCAUCCUUGCUAUGAUUUUGGGAUCGCUGCUACUAUUGUUAAUCCUGAUCACGCUUUGUGGAUGUUUUGGUGGUGCACCCAUGGCUGGUAGUAAGCAUGUUUGUGACGAUUUAGCCAAUCAGAAUUUAAUCAUAUCUAAUACUGAAGCACCUGGAGAAGAAGUGAUGGAUCCGAACAUACUUCCUGUGAAAACAGGAAACAUAGUUAUGUCUGAUCACGGCGUUGCUUCUGGAGUGAAAACUGGGGGACAGGAAAGUUUUGAAAUGGUCAAAGGAAACCAGACCAUGGACUCGGUUAGGGGACAGCACACCUUGGAAUCUGUCAAAGGAGCAGGGCAUCAUACUAUAGAUGGAAGAGGAUACGGGCAGUCCAUGAUGGAUACCUACAGAUACAAUUAUUCAGAAUGGCAGAAUUUCACACACCCUCGUCUGACUGAGAAAGUAUAUCUGUGUGGGCAAGAUGAAGAGCAUAAGCAUUCCGAUGACUAUAUUCUUUCAUAUAACUAUGAAGGAAGAGGAUCGCCAGCGGGCUCUGUAGGCUGCUGUACUGAUCAGCAAGAAGAAGAGGCACUUGACUUUUUAGAUCAGUUGGAACCAAAGUUUAGGACAUUAGCAGAAACCUGUGUCAAGAGAUAGAUGACAGGGUGGAAAAUCGUCACUGCUAUGCAGAAUAGCUGUUUCAAAUCUUGAAUACACCAGAUUUAUGUUUCUUGUUUUUCCUGUAAUGGGUGUGGUGAAUCAAAAGUACAUCCUAACAUUAGGUUUGUCAGGACUAAGGUUUCUAUAUCUAAACUUCAGGUGCUGCAUUCUAUUUUGUUCUAGACUCUCUUUAGCUGUAAUGUCAAUCUGUAAUCAACUUGCUUCCCAAAUGCAACAAUUCUCGUUUUAUUAUUUUUCUGGGUUUCAUGGGGAUUUAUUUGGGGCUGCUACUCCCAUAAUUUUCAGGUUUCAACCAUGAUGACUAGGAAUUUUGGGAGCUGCGGCUCUGCCACACCUGUAAUAUCCCCAGUGGGGAACUUGACUGUAGGAAAGCGAAGUUCACUAUUUCCUACUUUUAGGAAUUAUGCUUUAAGAUAGCUAUUUUUGUCUGGGUGUCAGCAGCUUUCUUUAAUUUACCAAAAUCUUUAGCUUUAUAGAAAGAAAUGACAAAGGAUUUCAGUUAUUAAUUAUUUGCAUCUUACGAAAAUAGAGAUCCUAUUUUCAAAACAAGAUGUCAUUUUUUUCUAUAAGACCUUCCUUUAUAGUCACAUAACCUCUAGCUUUCCUCUGUUUUUCUCCUUAGCAAAUACCCAGUGUUUUAUGAUCACUGAGCAUUUUUAGGAUUGGGAGUGGAGGCUGGCAAGGGUACUUUGGCAAAGUUUGGGUUUCCCCCUAAGCCUGCUAAUGGUUUCCUCUUUUAUGUGGAUGUUGUUCUUCUGACUAAUAAAGAUAUUUUAACAAAGAAAUUGCUUAUAUACAAUGAAAUGUCUGUGUUAAAUAACUCUUUUCAAUUAGAUAAUACACAGAAUGAAAAGCAGAAAUGAUUUAGUGUAAAAUCUUAACAGUACAGCUAGCAUAAAGGGAUGUAUUUAAUGUCAUUGCAGAAACAAGCAUAGAAGUGAAAAUGCAAAGGCAACCAUUUUCUCUAAGAGCUUAAAUUAAUUGCAAAGUGUUAUUUGCCUUGUUUUUCACUGGAGGACUACUGCUAUUCCUUUAGUGUAAUUUUUAAUCACAUCAUAAGCAGAGAUAAAACUUGGGGUUGGAAAAACUACUAAUAUCAACGCUGCAUUUUGUUGUCUUUCAUCAAAAGCAAAAAGAGAGCCAAACUGGUUAAGGGACAAUGUAUGCUGACUCCCCAUUUCAUGUAAUGAAUCAUGCUUUGCAAUUUUUAUGCGUGAACUAACAUGAUCCUUAUUAUCCUGGUGUAAUAUAGAUUCAUGACAUUUGUUUAUCUAUACUUAGAGAACUGGAGAAAUACAUAGGGUGCUAGAAAUCUAUAAUUAUAAAAAAUGGCAAGAAGUAUAUAGUAUUUGAAGGUACUUUUUUUAAUAGACUGAAGCUUUAUCUUCACAGGUGUAGCCUCAACAUGGAGCUGGUUCUAGUCUUCCUUAAAGUAAAUAAUUGGAAAAAUUAUAACUCAUUUAUUUAAUUAAUUUCGGUUAAGGUGCUCUCGAGUCCAGAUACAUUUUACAGAUCUUUUAAUAAGAGAUAAAGUUCUGAUAGGCUAUAUGUACUACUGAAUAUAAAUAGUUUCAGAGGAAAGUACUGUUGCUAUUGCUGUUGUAACUAAUAUUGUAUUCCUGAUAUGAACUUUUAAGUGCAUCAAUAGGAAAUGACCAGGUCUGAUAUAUUUGGAUAUAAAAGCACAAAAUGCUGUUACUUUUGAUGCACCUAAUAUCUUAAAUAUUAAAAAAAAACUCAGAAAAAUAGGAAAUAAAUUAUGGAUCAAGAUUUUACUAAACAACUUGACUCCAAUUUCUGAAAUUUAAUAGUGUUUUCUCACAGCCCAUCCCAUAUGUAACAGUAAUGGAAGGGACCUUAGACGUCAUCUAGUCCAACCCCGUGGUCAUGCAGGAGACCUGUACUAGGGAUUUGAACCGCCAAACUGCCAACCUUUCUGAUCAACAAGCUCAGUGUCUUAGCUACUGAGCCACCUAGUUGGGCUAGGUGACCACUUAAUCAUACUAAGCCAUGCUCAAAGCAGGGAACAAGUUAAUACAAUGUGGAACAAUGCGUUUUGCAUUGGUUUUAGUGUGGUAGACUUCACUAAUUUUAGCUUAUUCGUAUGUUUGUAAAGUAAGGGAAAAAACAAAUGUGAAUUUUAAAAGAUUAAGUACAAGCAAGAAAAACGGACUUUAUCAAGGCUUCAUUCUUUAACUAUUUUUCCAGAGAUAAUAGAGAAUGGAUUACUUUGUAAGUUUUGUGAAACCUUUUUUUAAAAAAAGAAACUAAAGUUACUUUAGCUAUUUGAUAAACAUAUGCAUCAUUUAAGAAAAAAUGCUGGAUGGGAAUUCUGUGAAUUCUAGUCCAGUAUAACUGGAGUGUGCAGUAUUUGGUGGCUCUGUAGUACUCCAUGUAAAUUUUAACUGUUAUAUGACUAUAACCAUUGAGGGUAGUUGUGGUUUCCCAUCUUCUGCUCCUUUCCCUUCCUCCCAGAUAUAUGACAUUUAUAAUUUAAAUGUAUCCUCUUCAUAACUAUUAUAAAAAAUAAAACCCUCCAGAAUAAUUUAUAUUCUAAAGAAUGCUACAUUGUCUUAAAAUAGCAAUUAGAUUUGAAUUUAUUCCUCCUGAUCAAACUUUUGUCAGUGCCUGUGUUACCAGUAGUUUAUUGAAACAAGUUUCAAUUUUUGUCAGUUUAAAAAUUACGGUCAUUGUAAAAGCCUAUGGCUGUAAUUAAGAGGGAGGAAAAAAAGAAAAUAUUGUGCUAAGUAUAAAAUAGAAAUUCAGAGACAACAUAAAUAAAAUUGAUAAGAACACAUGCAGUAUUGUUAAAAUCAUGUAACAGGGACUGAGACAUCUUCAGUUAAACUUUCUUGGUCAUAAAAUUGGCCUUGGCUUAAGCCAAGUUGUUGAUUUCUGAGCCCUGUAGUUGUAAUAUAGGGAUAAUACUUAGUAUUGCACUGUAUUUGCAGUGCUUCGAAUGUUCAAGCAAAGUUUUGUACAUAUAUUAUUAUAGUUUCUGGUUUUUAAGUAGCUUAGACAUGGGUUUUCUCUGCUUUCCUCUUUUUAUAACUACCUAGUACAGGCAGUCCUCAACUUGCAACAGUUCAUUUAGUGAAAAAUGUGACUUGCGAUCUUUUUCAUAGUUACAAUCUUUGCAGCAUCCCCAUGAUCAUGGGAUCCAAAUUUAGAUGCUUGACAACUGACUCAGACUGAUGAUGGUUGCAGUGUCCAGUGGUUGCCUUUUGCAACCUGAGAAGCAAAGUCAAUGGGAAAGCCAGAUUCACUUAACAACCAGGUUACUAACUUACCAAGUGCACUGGUUCACUUAACAACUAUGGCAACAAAGGUCGUAAAAUGGGACAAAGCUCACUUAACAAAUGUCUCACUUAACAACAGAAAUGGGCUCAAUUGUGGUCAUAAGUCGGACUUCCUGUACUAGCAAAUCUUUUAAUUAUAUUAUUUGAAAUUCUUCAUUGCUUUGGAGUGCAAAGAUAUUAGGGUGUCUGUAUUUUUUUAAAACUAGGGAUGUUUUUAUCAGAGGUCAAUAGCAGACAAACUUCUUUCUAAAAGCAAUUGUUGGUUGUUAUCCAGAUUUUUUUUCCAUGCAGCAAUGCUGAGACAUAAAGAUCAGGCUAGAAUGGGACAUAUACUUCCCCCUUCUCUGCAUUUUUGCCAGAUUAAUAAGAAAAAUCUCCCUUAAAAAGAAUGUUAAAAGUUGUAGUAGUCUUUAAUUUCUAAUUUGGAAAGAGGUAAAGACUGAAAUAAUGCUUGUUUAAAUCUAAAUAUGUAAAGGUUUUAUGUAUUAAAUUACAAAAAUAUAGUUAAAAAUAUCACAAUUGACCACCAAAGUAUGUUCCAAUGUAAAAUGAUUUGUUAUUUUUUGCAACUGUUUCUAAGUAGUUUCUAGUUGUUUAAACAUACUGUAUAACUUCAUAUCUUCAAAGCAUUUUUACAUGAAUAAUACAAUGUCUUUUGUGUAAAAAUAAAGAUAACUUCUGUAAAAUCUGCUUAUUUCUUUAAUGUUCUAACUAAUGUUCACUGGGAAGAAUAGAUAUAGUUUGAGGUUGUAGCUGGAGCUUAUUUAUUUUUCAGGCUUUACCAUUUUUCUGUCUACAAUGCAGAAAAAUAAUUAACAGUCAACAUCCUUUACAAGUGUUGCAAUGUUGCUCAGUUAUAUAAUAACUAUGAUGCGCUUUGAAUACCAUUGUCGAUCAAAUGACAUUUAACAGAGAAGAAAAUGCAGAAACAGUUUUUAAAUGUGAGUUGAUGAGUGAAAAAUCCAAGCACAGAGUGCACAAUGUAAAUCUUUUCUAGAACUUUCUGAUUGUAUGGAUUUUGUCAACUUCAAUGAUGGUAGAUUAAGAAUAGAGCCAAAAUGGUUCUUAACUGUUAAAGGGUUUGAUUCUUACACAAACAUUUUUAAAUUACAAUCUUCACCAAUUACUACAUAACAAUUUCUGUCAAUUGUAUUUAAUCCUUGAUUUAUCAAGGAUUAUAUCUCAUUAUUGUAUAUCAGCUAUAUUAUAUUUGCAUUUAGCCAAUUUUAUAUAAAAUGAUAUAGUAAAAUUCAUCUGCCUGUAAAAAAAUUGUAAUGCAAAUCAGAUUAAAAGCACAAUGUGCAUUUUUACUAAG